AUGAUGAAUAAGCCCACAUCGUCGGGUCAGCCACGCGCCCGACUCUCGGUGCAAUGGUGUGCCAUGCUCGCCAUGGCCCUCGACGGCCUCGGCUGCGCCAUGACCAAAGCCUCGCAGACCUUCCUCAUCGAACAGGCCAUCUGUCGUGCCUACUACACUGAGCACGACCCCUCCUUUGUCACCCCCGAUGGCCGUGUCCCGGAGGCCCUGUGCAAGACCGAAGAACUGCAGUCACGUGUGACGUUGUUCGCAGCCGGUCUCGAUUUCUCCAUGCUCAUCACGUGCUUCUUGGCUAGCCCCAUCUAUACCAGGCUGGCAUCCUUGGUGGGCGCAAGACAGAUUCUCAUCCUCAACACCACGAGUUUUGCUCUGCGCAUGGCCUGGUAUGCAGCCGCGUUCUACUUGCACAACAUCAUCGAUGUCCGCUGGGUCCUUCUCUCUGCCUUCUUCGACCUACUUGGGGGUGGCAUUCCCAUGCGGGAGAUCCUCCUCUACCUCUACAUCGCUGGAAGCGUGCCCGAAGAGGGCAUGACUGGCACCUUCAAUCUCCUCAGCGCCAUCCUGAUCGGAAUGAUGUCUCUGGGCACAUUCAUUGGUGCGCGUCUUCUCAACGUCAACGUCUUCAUCACUUGUGCUUUGAUUGUUGCCGUAUACGUCUUCCUCGUGCCCCUCGUCUCCUUGUUCCCCCACCAUCACGGGGAGCAAAGCCAGUCACAACGAACACUUCGGACCUACAAUACAGAUGAUGCCUCGGGCGAUGAAAUCCGCUCCUUGAUGAUAGUCGACGAAACGGUCGACGAAAUGGUCAUCGCGAUUCAAUCUGACCCUCCCUUCAUGGCCGAUCAUGAUGGCGACCAGGCAACCAAAGCCCGAACACCCUCUCUUUUUCGCGCUUUGCUUCGUGCUGCUACGGUAGACCUUUACUUGUCUAUAGAGCUCGUCGUUCAGACCUUUCGCCAUCCUUUUACUCGACGAGUCAUGAUGUUAUUUUUCGGAACCACACUUGCAGCCGUCAUCUCCAUGACCACUCCCCAAUGGGCAUCAGGUACCUUCCAAACCAGCCUUUCCCAAGUUGAUCAGAUCACCGCCUUGGAGCAGAUCAUCUCGGCCUGCACCCUCCUAGCUUUGCCUUUACUGUCCAGAUACGUCCUCCGCCCACGGUUGCACGCCAAACACGCCGUUGACUUGGCCAUCAUCGUCGGCAGUCUACUGACUGGCAUAUUGAGCGCAUUGGUCAUUGCCAUGGCGCCGUCUUUGUCCAUUUAUGCUAUUGGUGUAGCCAUUGGUGCCACGGGCAUGGGCCUUUCCGAUGCUCUACGUUCCUUUGCCACCAGUGGGUUGUCAAGCGAGGAAGCCGUACAGAGGCUCUACAUGAGCAUCCGAACUGUCCAGACGCUCGCUGCUAUCGCAGGUACACCAUUGUGGUCGGGCUUAUUACUAUGGAUCAUCAGCAAUCCGAGUGUUCCACGAGGACUUCUUUACCUGGGUAACUGCGGCGUGCUUAUCACAUGUCUACUCUCCAUAAAGUUUUUGCAGCGCCCGAGCUAG